AUGUCUACGAUCAAUGAAAGUAACCAUCCAAAAAUAGUAUCAAAAAUAGGAAUAAUAGGAGGUGGAGUAAGUGGUAUAGCAAUAGCAAAACAGCUAUCACACUUGAAUCCUAUUGUGUUUGAAGCCUCUGAUUCCAUUGGUGGUGUGUGGAAGCAUUGUACAUACAAUUCCACAAAGCUUCAAUCUCAUCGUAGGGACUAUGAGUUCACUGAUUUUCCUUGGCCGGAGAGAGAUAACAAUGAUUUUCCUACACAUGUUGAAGUGGUGGAUUAUUUGCGUUCUUAUGCUAAGUAUUUUGAUGUGGUGAAGAAUAUCAGGUUUAAGUCUAAGGUAGUAGAACUCAGGUUUAGUGGUAACACAAAUUCUGAGUUUGGAGGACUAGGGUUAUCUUGUGAUCUUGAGUAUGGAUGUUUACUUCCUGGACAAUCUAUGUGGGAUGUUGCUGUGCAGACCAAUGACUCUCAUGCCAUUCAGUGGUACAGCUUCGAGUUUGUGGUGGUUUGCAUAGGGAAAUAUGGAGACAUACCAAAGAUUCCAAUGUUUCCAAGCAAAAGAGGCCCUGAGGUAUUCAAUGGAAAGGUCCUUCAUACACUUGAUUACUGUAAACUUGAUCAACAAGCUGCUAAUCAACUUCUCAACAACAAAAAAGUUGUUAUAGUAGGUUUCAAAAAAUCUGCUCUUGAUUUAGCCAUGGAAUGUGCACAGGCAAACCAAGGAGUUGAAGGAAAACCAUGCACCAUGGUGAUAAGAACUUUGCAUUGGACAGUUCCACAUUACUGGAUAUGGGGUUUGCCAUUUUUCUUGUUUUACUCAACAAGAUCUUCUCAGUUACUCCACCAAAGACCAAACCAAGGCUUACUUAGAGAUCUUCUAUGCUUCUUGUUAUCUCCAAUGAGGCUUGGCAUUUCAAAGUUCAUUGAGUCCUACAUUAUGUCGAAAGCUCCGUUGGAGAAGUAUGGAUUAAAACCUGAACACCCUUUUGAGGAAGAUUACGCGUCGUGUCAAAUGGCUAUCAUGCCGGAGAAUUUCUUCUCUGAGGUGGAAAAGGGGAAGAUUCUCUUUAAAAAGGGGUCGAAGUGGUGGUUCUGUAAUGAAGGGAUCGAGUUCGAAGAUGGCGCUAAGGUGGAAGCUGAUGUAGUGAUCCUUGCAACUGGUUUUGAAGGAAAGAAAAAGCUCAAAGCGAUUUUACCAGAACCUUUUUGUAGUCUGUUGGAGUACCCUUCUGGUCUUAUGCCGUUAUACAGGGGAACUAUCCAUCCAUUGAUUCCAAACAUGGCUUUUAUCGGAUACGUUGAGAGCGUUUCGAAUCUCCACUCUUCAGAGCUACGUUCAAUGUGGCUUUCUGGGCUUGUAGACGACAAAUUCAAGCUUCCAAAAGUCGAGCGAAUGCUUUCGCAGACACUUGAAGAGAUUGAAGUCAUGAAAAGGUCAACAAGGUUCUACAAGAGACACUGCAUUUCAACAUAUAGCAUCAACCAUAGCGAUGAAAUAUGUAACGAUCUUGGAAGGAGUUCGUGGAGGAAGAAGAACUGGAUAUCCGAAGCGUUCGGCCCGUACAGCAGUCAAGACUACCAGAAGGAAAAUUGA